AUGGACUCGGUGGAAUCUAAUUUAGAUGAAGAUUAUGCUUUCAAUGAAGGUGUGGCGCUUUCCAGUGGUGAGGCGGACCGGAGCAAGCGAGGUUUCGUCAGCGGAGGAGGCUACGGUGGCGGCGUCGGCGGCGGCCACGGCGUGAGCAAUGCUGGCGGCUACGGCGGCGGCAGCGGUGGCGGCGCAGGCUACCUGAUCGUGGGCGGCGGCGGGGGCGGCCAUCACGGCCCCAGCCCGUCAAGCAUCGCCAGUCAGGCUGCCGCUGAGGCCAGCGCCGCAGCCGCAGGUCUGAAGGGCGUGUCGCAGGCCGCUGCGUCUCAAGCCGCGUCCCAGGCUGCGGCCACAGCCUCCGCAGCGGCACAGUCUGCCUCAGCCGCAGCUGCUCAGGGGCAGGCCCAGGCUGCGCAGAUCACACAGGCCGCGCAGGGAGCGCAGGCUGCAGCCUUCGCCGAGUCUUCGUUGUCCAGCCAGGCGAGCAGCGCCGUUCAGUCUGCCGAGAACACGUACAACACGGCUGUGUCCUUGGCCGGUGCCCUGGAACACGCCCAGGCCGAGGCUCAGGCUGUGGCCGCGCAGGCCCUGCAGGCUGUGCAGGCAGCCCAGGCGGUGCAGUCGGCACAGGCUGCCAUGGCGUGGCAGGCUCAGCAGGCGGCCAACUCCCUGAACCAGCAGCAGUCGCUGGCCCUGAGUGAGCUGCAGUCAGCGCAGGCAGCAGCAGCCCAGGCGCAGGCGGCGGCUUCCAAGGCUCUGGCCAAGGCCAAGGGCGGCGCCUCCGGCUACGGGGGCCAGGCCAGCGGGGGCUACGGCCACUGA